AUGGAUGAUAGAGAUGCAGAUGAGGUUGGUGAACAUGCUCUGAAAAUGAAUUGCAAAGCUCAGUUAUAUGUUGAGCACUAUGUAAAAGUAUUGUUUGGAUUAGAACCAGGAAUAGAGUUGGGGCAGUCUUCUGGGGUGUUAAAUGGGGCUGCAGAAAUUGAUGUUGAUUAUGAUGAAAGUGUUAGUGAUAGUCACAAUAGUGAAGAUGAAGUUGAUGGUGUUAAGUUUGAUGAUAGUGAGGAUGAGAGAGCACUUGGCUUGGAUGAUGGUUUUGGUGUUGAUAAUACAAUACGCGAUUCUUCUAUUGGAUCAUAUAAUGUUAAAAUCCAAGGGUUAAACCAUGGUAAACCAUAUAGUAUGAAGACUACUGCAAAUAGGUCCAUUCCGAAGAAAACAACUAAGAACAUGGAGAUUGUUCCUGUGUUGGACAAUUAUAAUUCAAAUAUUGAAAUGGAGUAUGCUUAUGCUAGUGAAGAGCUAGAUAAUAGUGACCCUGACUCAAAUUCAAACAAAGAGAAAAGACCAAAGUAUGAUCAGUUUAGAGUGGAGGAGCUAAACAAGAAUUACAAGUUCAAAUUGGGAUUAGAGUUUAAAUCACUUGUUGAGUUUAAAGAUGCAAUCAGAGAAUGGUCUAUAUUAAAUGGGAAGGAAAUAGAGUUUAUAAAGAAUGAUAGCAUAAGAGCAAGGGUGAUAUGCAAAGCUAAAUGUUGGUUCUUAGCACUUGUAAGUAAAGUGGGGGAUAGUCACACUUUUAGAAUGAAGAAAUGGUGUGGUGAUCACACAUGUGGUCGGAUUUUGAAUAAUAGUUCUGCAAAUUCUAAGUGGAUUGCUAAGUUUGUGGCGAAUAAGUUGAGCAGUUGUGACAAUAUGCAGAUUCGUGAGACCCUUUCCGGUAUUAGAAGGAUAUAUUUUGUAGGUAUAACAACAGGACGAGCAUGGAAGGCUAGCCAGAUUGCAAAUGAGAUUGUAGAAGGUGAUGCAGCAAAACAAUAUACCUUCUUGUGGAGGUAUUUUGCAAAGUUGAGGAGGGCAAGUGUUGAAAACACUUGUAAGAUAAAUAUUGAUCGUCCAUGUCUAACACUUCAACCACGAUUUAGUAGUUUUUAUUUUUGCUUUGAUGAUAGUAAAAAAAAGGGGUUUUUGAGAGGUUGUAGGCCUUUUAUUGGGGUGGAUGGAUGUCAUCUAAAGACAAAGUAUGGAGGAACACUUCUAUUUGCUGUUGGUAGGGACCCGAAUGAUCAAUAUUUUCCUUUAGCUUUUGGGGUGGUUGAAACUAAGACUAAGGAGUCUUGGAGAUGGUUUCUCACUUUAUUACAUAAAGACAUUGGUCAAGAAAAGAGAUGGGUGUUCAUCUCUAACCAACAAAAGGUUUUGUAG